GUCACCGAGUAACCAUCUAUCUUGUGUGAGUACACAAUUCUAAUACUUUCACUAUAGUUUGCAGUGCUACACAUUAUUUCUGAUAUAACGUAUUAUUUUCAAUAUUAUAAUAACUAUUUGUAAGCAUCAAUUACAGAACCAUACUGAUAUGGACAUAAAAAAAGAAAUACUUAUAUAUUGUGGACCACGGACGUCUCUAUAUUAUAAUAAAUUUUUUCAUCCAAACUUGUGUCAUGUUUGCAAGGAUAAAAGGAAGGCGGUAACAAAAUGCGAUCGGUGCUGUUUGGUCUCUUAUUGCAGCGAAGAUCACAAAAAUCUGCAUUUACCACAACACCGAGAAUUUUGUGAUAUUGUAGAAGAAUCUUUGUUUGAGUACCCGGAAUGGUUGACUCGCCGCUACACGUUUGAAAAAUGGACCAAUGCACAAAUUAUAUUUAGUACAUUUGUCGAAGAGAAUAUAUCCCAUAAAUUUGAAGAAUAUGAAGCGCAGAUAUUCGAAUAUGCAAAAUCGUGCCUUAUCUGUCAUCAACAGAUUGAUCUGAAUACCUGCAACAAGUGCAUGUCCGCCAACUUUUGUCUCGAACACAAGGAAGAAUUUGAACAACAACAUGAAUCCGAAUGCGAGAACUUAUUAUUAUGGGUUAAUAUACAGUUGUCAUGUUUACAAUUUCAAAGUAAAAUUCCAUUAUCAAUGAAAUUCUUGAACUUUCCUGAUGAUAAUAGACCUUUCGAUGAUAUGGCAACGUUUAUUACACAAUAUGUACAAGAAGAAAUUGGUCAAUGGUACGCCGUGGAUUACAUUUAUACUGAUUACGUAUCAGGACCACUGACGGUACAUUAUGGGAUGAAAGAAGCAAAGUUAUUGCAUUUUCUAGAGACCGAAUCUACUUAUAUUAUUCAUGUUAUAGGCGCAAAUUCUGAAGAUACAUACGGUUUACCUGCUUGGGAAAUGUUGUUACAUCUCUUACCUAACAUAAAGACACUGAUAAUUAUGUUUAUAGGGCCAGAUUUACAAAAUGAACUUGGUAUGCACGAACUUUGUCUCCGUUGCAGUAAUAACAAGAGAAAGUUGAUCUUUGAAUGUUGUUCUAUGUAUUAUCAUGAUUAUGUUGCUAAAGGGAUAUAUGAGCAACCAAACUUGAUUGUAGGAUUUAAUACAUUAUUAUCAUACAUACUAACAUGGUCAAAAAGUAUAAAAGCAAUACAGACUCUGAACUGUCGGCUACUUUUAACCGCUAGAGAUGUGAGCAUGAUGGAAGAUGAAAUAGAUGAGAUAAAGGUAAUUCUGGAUACUGCUAUAAAUCCCGUUUUUUGGGGUAGUAAUAAAUUCAAAUCUCUAAGACCACAUAGAUACUUCAAUGAGCUAUAUUUUCGUAAUUCGUAUUUAUUUAUCUACGAUACUUUGAACAAUCAAAGCAAUUAAGACGAAAAGUAUCAGUAUCGGAAGAGUGCGAGAGGACCAAAGUGGGAACGGCUCGUAAACAAUUAUUUAUCAUAAAAUUCGAUAUUAAUCAUUGCUACUAGUAAACGAUCAUGCGAUCGGCCAUUUUCUACACGAUACUGCCGUCCCAGUGCAACUCGCACACUGCUCCGUCAAUUUCCUUUCGUUAACAAUUCAAAAUUUUAGAUCGCUGUUUGCAAAAUAGAAUGGCCUUUCUAUUGUUCAGUGUGAUGUGUUUCAUAUCCAUUUAAGAAUUUUACCGUCUUACAUGGAACAUUCUGUAUGACAAUUUCCUUUGUGUGAAACUGUAAAAACC